CCUUCUCAGGAAUCUCGACCCAACACUGACCCCCCAGUUCCCAGAGACCAGCUCUGCCUUAAGAAUUUACUCCAAUCAUAGGCCAAGGCAGAGAGAAAUCUCUCCUGCAGCUCAUACAGCAACCUCUGUAUAACCUUGCAUAACAGAACUAACAGCAGCACACAUCUUCCUAAGGCUGAACAUUGUCUCCCAAACAGAGAAAAAGAACUUGGAAGACUGAGUAACACCAUCACCUGGAGGAAUGAGGGGAGAAUCAUAUUUCCUUGGAAUGCGAGGCCCUGGUCACUAUGGCUGUGUUCUGGAGGAUGGGGGACUUCUCCUACUCUACUCUAUAGACCGAGACAAGGAUAUAAAGAGAUGUUUUGCAGAGGAAGAUUUUCAUGAAAUAACUGAUUUCAAUGAUCUCCCAAACUCUCUCUUCGCUUGUAACGUCCACCAAUCUGUGUUUGAAGGCGAGGACAGCAAGGAGAAGUUUGAGGGCUUGUUCCGUGCCUAUGAUGACUGUGUGACGUUCCAGUUGUUUAAAAGCUUCAGACGUGUGCGGAUAAAUUUCAGCAGUCCUAAAGCAGCUGCUCGGGCCAGGAUAGAGCUGCAUGAAACACAGUUCAGAGGGAAGAAGUUAAAACUAUACUUUGCACAGGUUCAGACCUCCGAGACAGAUGGGGACAAGCUUCAUUUGGCUCCACCACAGCCCGCAAAACAGUUUCUCAUCUCGCCUCCAGCCUCCCCUCCCGUAGGGUGGCAGCCAAUAGAUGAUGGAACACCAGUCAUCAACUAUGACCUCCUUUAUGCCGUUUCUAAACUAGGACCAGGUGGAGCCAUGCUUUAUCCCCAGCACUGCCAGUGCCGACCUGUGGAAUUGGCUGAUCAUAAGGGGAGAAGUACGAGCUGCAUGCAGGGACAGAGUCCACCCCGAGCGUGGUGGUGCAUGUCUGCGACAGCGACACAGAGGAAGAAGAGGACCCAAAGAAUUCUCCAAAGCCAAAAAUUAUUCAAACCCGGCGCCCUGGCCUGCCUCCUCCUGUGUCUAACUGAGCCUCUCCAGCGGAAACAGCACUUCUCUCCUCCAGCAUGGCUCUUUGUUUUUCUGUUUGCUAUGUUUUGUUGAAGGGCAGCCAUUGCCUCUUGGGUAAUGGGACAUCUAGCUCAUUGAAAUCCCUUCUCUGUACUCAAGCCUGUCUAACACAAGGGCUAGGAAAAAGUUCUUUGUACAUGUAACCAUAUCACCUGCCAUCGAGUGUGAUAGGUCUUGUGAAAGGGGCUAGAAUAGGCUGGGAAGAGGGGAGGGGGUUUAGUCUGAGGGGUUUUCAUAGCAUUGCACAUUGUAAUGAUAGCAAAACCAGAAGCAUCGCUUAGUAAACUAGUAAUGGGCAAAUAGGCUGAUGUUGGGAUUAACAUUCAGACUAGCAAAACAUUAUUCUCUGCUCCCCUUUCCAUAGGAUCCCACUCCCCUCCCCCCCCACUACUCUCCAGCAGACCUGGGUCUCCCACUUGUCCCUCAUUCUUACCUGGUGUCAUCUUGUGAGGUAGCAGCUUGGUGGCCUUUAACCCCUUCACCUCCACUUACUGAGCAGUUAUCUUGUAGGGGGCAACUUCUGUAGGAGACAAGUUUUCUGCAUGUUUCAGUUACAGCCAGAGGACUGAAACACUCCUGUCCCCUGACUGCUGCUGAAUACAUUGGCCCUUUAAAUCUGGGGCAGACACAAUCUGGAGUGCAUUGGGCUGAAGGGGGAGGCAGGAUUUUGUGAAGGGGGAGGUGUCCUUCAUUCCUUUGUCCUCCAAUGAUAGGGAGCCAGGCUGCUAGCAGUGGGGGAAAUCCUCACAUUCCUUCCCAGUAGGAGGGCAAGGAUGUUACUUCUCUUUUCCUGCACCCCUGAGGUUAGGGUGGAGAAGCUAACUUCCCAUUACACUGGAUUCAUUGCUGUCUCAUGGUAGCAGCAAAGGGCAGUGAUGGGCAGAGGUUUCCAGUGGUAUGCUGGAUAGCCCUGAUACUCCAGCUAUUUGCAAAUAUUUGCCUAUCCCUAAUAAUCAGCACUCCCCCUCCCCCUUUGCUCGAUGUGUUUUAAGGUCCAUAUUAGCUGUAUGCAGUAUUCUGCGCCUCUCCCCCACCCCCCCCAGCAAAAUAAAACAGGACCACACUUAAACUUGAACUUAGGCUGCAUGGAAUUUACUCUCCUGUCUCACUCACUCCUACAUGUCCCUGUCACUCAUAAAAUGCACAGGAUUACUGACAUUUUUGUGUGUUCAUUGUGGCUGGUAGCAGAGAGUACUUAGAUAUUUGGAUUUUCUACCUGGGCAGAUCAUCUCUGUUAAUUAUUCUCACGCACACUCACCGUUUUGAGAAAGUGCUUUCUAGAGAUCUAAGCCUCGCUCUCACAAAGGCACGUGAGCUUAACUUGACACACGUGAGUAGUUCCAUUGAAAUGAAUGUUAUGAAAGUGAAGCGUAUGCAUAGGGCUUUGCAGGAUUGGGGCAUAAGCAAACGAGCUGCCGUUCUAUCCCACCCCUUGAGAUGGCACUGAGGGGUUCCAUGUUUAAACUCUCAGUGCCUUCCCGAUCAAAUUUGCUCCAUUUACAAGUAAAAAGAAAGUGUGUUUUUUGUUGUUGUUGUUUUUUUUUACUUCUCAACCCUGGAAGGUCAACCUGGGAUCUGAAAGUCAAGCUAGGUUCUGUAAUAAAACCUUGUUAGGAAGUUUCUGAAAAUUACAGUGGCAGAAUCUUAAUUAACAAUAAGGAUAUGCAUGCUUCAGUGGACUCUAGCUUAUUCUCCCAUUGCUGUAUUGACUCAGCAAUACUGACAGAAAGAAAAACACAUAAUUUUGUCACUAAAAUCAACAGAGACUUCUCAAUGCCCACUGGGAGAACAGAGCUGUGGGUGUAAGAAUGAGCCGUUUUUACAGAGUUCCUUUUCUGACCAUCACCAUUCUUUAAUAUUCCCACUGAGAACUAGAGCCUUGCUUCUGCAUAACCCUUAUGGUGAUGAUUCUCAGUGCAGUGUGGACACCACUUAGCAUACAUUCAAAUUUACGUUCAACAAGCAUGUUCAUUGCAGCAAAGACCUAGCUUAAAUGAGACUUGACUUUAACAGCUUUAUGGGAUUGAGAAAGAGGGCCUUCUUUAAAAAGAAAAAAAAAAGCUUUUCAGCUAUUUUCACAUUAUUACUUUCUGACAAUGCUUUCAGAAUGAUUUAAAGAAUGAUCUUCUUCUUAUUUUAAAUCACCUUCCACCCUGGGACUAUAAUAUGACCAUUCCGGCUGAAAAUGGUAUAUCAGGCAAGCUAUAGUAUUUAAGGAGAACAAAUCCCCUCCUAUUUCAUGUGUCACUGCAUAGAUAAAAAGCUAUUUCGUUGUCACGAUCUCUUGGCUUUAGACAGUUAAUUAUGAAUAGUAUUUUUAUGUGAGGUUUAAAUGUAACAUUUCCUGAAUAAAACCGUCACUUUGAGAUGGCAGAGAUUUGGGGGCCAGAUCCUCAGCUGCUGUAAAUCUGUGUAGCUCCAUUUACCUCAGUUUACACCAGCUGAGGAUCUGGUCUUUUAUGUACAAAAAUCAAACAAUGAGGAAUAAGGAACCCAAACCUCGUCCCCACAUCGAAGCAAAAUCAGACUUUUGGGGGUUUGGAGCUGGGUCCAAACUAUGCAACUUGGGCUCAACUCAGAUUAAAAAUCCUAUUGUGACUGAAGCAUCAGUUUUAGUUUAAUGGUCACUUCUGUCUUAUUGUCUCAAAGUGCAUUAUGGGGCAUGCACACAAGGGAUACUUAAAGACAGGCAUAGUUAGUUGACUACGUUAGGUCCUAAAAGAGUGGAGCUAUAGGGUACUAUGCAGGAGGGUGUGGGAAAUAGCUUCAUUGUCCAAACCACAGAAAGAAAAACACAGUUGAAAGAUUGAGACAACCCAAGGGAAUCCUGGUAUGGCUGCAAUCAGCGUUUAUAAAUCACUAUGUGAAAGGACAAUACUUCUGAUAUUAUAGAUUAACCUCUCUAGUAUGAAAAUAACAUUUGAGAACCUGGCAAGCCAGCUUUGUAGCUCACCAGCAGCCUAAGCCUGACUGGUAAUGGAAAACAGGCUUCCUCAAAAAGGGCUGACCACUCUGAAAAGUAAAUUUUCUACAUAAAUUCAGUAGUCCAGAUCCUGUGGCCCUGCUGACUUCAAUGGGAGUUUUGUCUAUGUAAGGUCUGCAAACUCAGCUACUAUGACUUUCACUCGCUGUAUGAGGAUUUGCAACACCAAAAGCAGAUUCUGCUUUAUAAGAGAACUAUAAAUCAGGACUAACUCCACUGGCUUCACUGGAGUUACCCCUGAUUCACACCAGUGUAAGUGACAGCAGAAUUUGGCCCUGAUUCUUUAAACUUGCUUCUCAAAUGGGUUCUAAGAUGCUAUUGAAAUGGUUUUCUAGAGGUGAAAUAGCACCCUCUAGUGGAUAUACAUUGCUCACUCCUCUGGCUAGAAAUGGAGUAGAGAAAAGGAAGUUUACAAUUGCUACUACUGGUGUCCCCUCUACCCUGUUCGUCCUCCCCUUUCUUCUCUGAACUUAGACUCUUUCAUACUCUGCAUACGGUGACUUCUUUUGUAAACGUAUUUGUGCAUUUAACUUCCUUAAACUCAAAGCAGGGUGCUCAAACAUUUCAAAAAUAAAUAGCAGUCAAUGUCAAAAGUCUCAGUGUUGCAAUGGGACCCCCAUGCCCUUGUGGGGACCCACUGUCAUCACUAGAACAGCAUACUAGCCGAUCCCAUGGCAGGAUUGCCUCCCUCCAAAAAACCCUGCUAUAAUAUCUGAGCUAAAUGGAUCAGUACUUUAAAAAAACAAAACAAAAAAAACCUUGAAUAGGGUUAAAAAUGUGUCCGGUGGGUAAACUACAACCCUGCUCUUUCACAUUUAUUUGCUCCCAACUUGGCUAGUUCUCUUUUCAUGCAGUGACAGUGAAAAGGGCCUUUCUUGAGACAAAGGGAACGUCUUUUGUAUAGAAUGAUAAUCAGCUAAAUAGUCUUGCAAGACUUUGCAGUGGUAUGUCCUAGCACUGUGAGAGUUAGUUA